AUGGCGAUUAAUUCUCACGGCUCUCGCAUCGAAGAACAGAAAUCUUGCCAGUAUGAAAAAAAUAAAAUUGUCCCUGUAAUGUACCCAGUCAUCUCAAAUCAAAACUUCAACUAUAGUCCCUCACGUCAUUUUGUGAAUAACUACGCGCAACCUCAACUGAAUAGAUUUACCAGCAAUUCCGAUAUGAACAGUCACAGUGCGUCAAAAAACGUACAAGAAAGUUCCAGUGGUUUUGAAAGGGAAGCUAUUAAUGGGGAGAGGUCAGAAACAUUUCAAAGUUGCAAGUACAACAAUACAGAUGAAGUGAAGCUUGAACCAUAUAUUCCAAGUUUUCAAUUUUCACAAAUAGUUCGUGGUUACUCAGGUUUUAAGGGACGGCAAUGUUUGUUAGAGACUGGUGGCUACAUGGAGAUGGACUGUACAUCGUUGCAUGAAGAGAAUAAUAAGAUGUCCAGUAAGUAAAAGAUUGAUUAGAGGAAUCUUAAGUUGGGCAGUGCUCUGAUAGUUAUUUACUUAUAGUCGAGUAAGCUUUGGUGGUUACUGAAAAACGCAUUUAAUUUCAACUACAGUAUUAACAUACUGUAUGUAACCGUUUUCAGUCAGUUCUUGCAUGAGAAAACCACGACAGCAUAUUGUAGCAUACUCUGCCACAAAACACCAAGUUUGAGGUGUUCCUUUCAGAUAUAGUUCAUUACACAAACCACAGUGUAUUAUUAGACCUACACAGGAACUCGUGUCACUUUUGAAACUUAAUGAAUUGAAAUAUCUUCUUCAGUGAAGAAGAUAUUUCAAACGUGACGCGAGUUCUUGUGUAGGUCUAAUAAAAUCGACUGUGGUUGUAUAUAUGAACCACAUCUGAAAGGAAUCUUCACUGGGCAAUUCAUACAAAACCACGACAGCUUAUUAUAGAAUACUCCCCUCCCCUAUCUAUACACUGCACGUCCACGUUUGAGAGAUCUUUCAGUUCAGGCAGUUGUCGUACCACGACAGCUUAUUGUAGAAUACUAUACCUACACAUGACUCCCACGUUUGAGAUAUCUUCUUCAAGUAGUUCAGACACAAACAAUGACAGCUUAUUCUAGAAUACUAUACCUAUACACUGGACUACCACGUUUGAGAUAUAUUUUUCAAGGUAAGUUCAGACACAAACAGCGACAGCUUAUUCUAGAAUACUAUACCUGGCACUAGACUACCACGUUUGAGAUAACUUUUUCAAGUAGUCCAGACACAAACCGGUCCUGCAGGCCCGUAACUAGCUACGAGUCAACCGAGUCAGUUGACUCGGUAAGAUUUUUUGUGAAAAAAUUCAAAACAGGAGGACUUCAAGUUUAGAAAAAACAGAUCCUGAAUGAAAUUUAUUCAAUUUCUGAUGAAGGGUAGAAGUACGAAUUAGCGUCCCAAAUAUUACCACAAACACGUUUUUUAUUAUACAACUGAUCAUGUUGGACCAAGAGUACUUGAACUGUUGAAAUCUUAUGAUUGGAUACUUGUAGUACAAUUGUGAUUGAUGUGAGAUUGAUUUUUUCUUAAAACUGCUCCCAGAAUGCAGGAAGACUAUGAAACUAUAUAGUCAUUGUGUCACUGUUUAUUAUUCACUGACUUUUUUGUUAAAAUUGUUCACAGCUUAAUUAUUGUAGAAUACUACCUACACUUGACCCUCACGUUUGAUAUAUCUUUUUCAAGUAGUUCAGACACAAACCACGCCGACAGCUUAUGUAGAAUACUACCUACUCUGUUUACAUUCCCUGUGGGAGGAAACCGCAUUCCUUUUGAUAGAGCGCGUUGACUGACUCUUAAUUUUGACUUUUCACUCUUUUCGCAUACGCAAUAAGUACUUUCACCGUGAUAAGUGCCAUGAGUCGACUAUUAUCAUCGAGGCUAUUCUCGUCGACUAUUAUCAUCGACUAUUCUCGUCGACUAUUGACACCAUUAUCAUCGACUAUUCUCGUCGACUAUUAUCAUCGACUGGGCUUCAAUGGUUUUUUUCAAUUUUUUUAUACAAUAACUUUACGAUAAGGUUUGUCUCAUAUUCUCAUUUGAUUUAGAUUAUAAUCACGACCCGAGAGUUAUUCCAAAAUCUAGAAGGACCCGUACUGUGUUUGAACCUUACCAAAUACGCAGACUACAACACGAAUUUGAUCGUGAAAUGUACAUGGUAGGAAUGAAGCGAAAAGUUCUUUCAAGAGAGCUAAAUCUCACUGAAAAACAGAUCAAAGUUUGGUUUCAAAAUAAAAGAAUGAAACAGAAGCGAGAUUGCAACCGGAAAUUACGUCAUGGUUUCUGUAGUUUGUGA